AUGGAAGUUGCGAAAAUGUUCGAACCCAUUUCCACUUAUUCUGUCCAAGGUUUCCUUUCCAGCGAUUUUGGCCCUGAAAAUGUUCUUGAAAUGCAUUCCAAUGUCGACUUGGAUUUCGUUUCCCCUGAAAAAGAUUUCAGUUUAGAUGUUCAAAUGGAGGAAGAAUCAUCAAUUCAGGGAAGGCCAGAAAGCUUAUUCGUAGCUGAACAAGAACAACAAUUAUCCUAUUUGAAGAAAAUUGAAGAUGAACUCAUGGACGAGGAAGAAAGUGGCUUAACAGAUCUGCUGCUUAUGGGAGCUGAAGCUGUUGAAUCAGGCAAUGUUGGUUGCGCUUCAAUGGUUGCUAUGAAGCUCAACAAUCUCCUGUCUUAUCAUGAAGAAACCCGCGAAAAUCCCGUUAACAGGUUAGCUCUGUACUUCACUCAGGGGCUACUUAACAAGAUUGAGCCAGAGCUUUUUGCUGCAGAGGAGCUGGAGGAAGAUCAUAAUCUGAAUUUUCAGGGGAGAAAUGCAAUUCUAGCCUUUCAAUUGCUGCAGGAGCUUUCACCAUUAGUGAAAUUUGCACAUUUCACAGCGAAUCAGGCAAUCCUGGAGGCGACAGAAGCUCACCAGGAGAUUCAUGUUAUCGAUUUCGAUAUCAUGGAAGGAAUUCAGUGGCCUUCUUUAAUGGUUGAUAUUGCUGGUCGAGGAGAUGGUAUUUCUCUUAGAAUAACAGCUAUAGUCCAUGACAAAAGAAGUUCUACUAGCAGUCACAUCCAUCGAACAGGCGACCGAUUACGUGAAUUUGCCAAUUCGAUCAAUGUUGCUUUCUCAUUUGACCAGAUUGUGAUAACAAAAGCAGAGGAUUUUGAAGGGAUUAAACAGGGGAAAGCAGCCCUGGUAGCAAAUUGUAUGAUGAAUCAGCUUCACAUGCCUAGUAGAAAAAGGUCACUGGUGAAAAUGUUUUUUAAUGGGUUGAAGAAAUUGGCCCCGAAAAUGGUUGUUUUAGUCCAAGAAGAGUUAUUCAACUUCUGUAAAGUACAGAACAUGUCAUUUGUGGAGUUUUUCUUUCAGGCAUUAAACCAUUAUUCUGCGCUCUUAGAUUCCAUUCGUAGCGGAUUUUGUCGCGGAGGCUACGAAUUCGCAUUCAGUGUGAUAGAAAAAGAGUUCCUGAGAAUGAGAAUCCUGGAUUGUAUGAAACAAUUUCCAUGUGGAAUGACAGAUGAAUUGAGGACAGAUAAUCCUUUUUCCAGGGAAGUUGGAUUCAGGGCAAUCUCAAUGAGUUCAUGUAAUGUUACUCAAGCAAGGCAUUUGGUGAGUUUGUUCAAUGGAGAUUUUUGGGUGCAAAAUGAACCGUAUCGGUUGAAUUUGUGCUGGAAAUCAAGGCCCUUGACCACUGCUUCCAUUUGGGUUCCUACUGCCUAGCUGGAGACUAGUAGUAGUAGUCUUCCUAGGUCAUAGAGACAUUGUUUGUGUAUGUUCGUAUCAGUUUUACUU